AUGGCACCACAACCACAGUCAGAUCGGUUUGCGUCGAUCAUCAAGCGUCUCGAAGAACUUGAAGAACUCGAGAGGUUCGAAACGGAAAAGCUCGAAGAAGAAGCCAGUGUGCAAGCAUCGAUUGCGAAAGACUUACCAGUCUUACCUUCACCACGAAGUAUCCGUCCACCCAGCAUGCAGUUCUUAGCUCGCGUGUUAGAAGAGGAAGUAAGAGAAGAAGAGUCAGCGGCGAUAAGUCACAAAUUGUCCAUGGAGCCCAAUUCCAGCACAGAGCUAGAGAGCGCAGGCUCGACACCAACGACAAAACAAAUCUUCUUCGACUGCGACAACACACUCGUCAACACUGAAGCCCUUGCAGUCGAGGCGGCUGCCACAGUCGUCAAUAAAUGCUUAGCCGACCACGGCAUUGACGACGAAUACACAGUUGAGCAACUCAUCGGGCUGUAUUUUGGCUUUACUGCUCGCAAGAUGCUAGGACCGAUAGUCAGGGGUCAGGGAGUCGAGCUAACGCCAGCUCAACUCGCACAAUAUGCCACGUACGAAGAGGAUUUGGUAAUCGAGCUUAUCCACGAACGAGCGCAACCUUGCGCCGGCAUCGAGCGUGUACUGGCAGAACUGUAUACAGCAGCAGAAUACAGGCUCGCGGUUGUUUCGUCGUCACCCAUUCGACGUAUCCGUGCCGCACUCGAAGCAGCAGGCAUUGCAAAAUACUUCGCUCACGAUCAAGUCUUCAGUGCGAAAUCAUCGAUGCCCACACCGAAAUCCAAGCCCGAUCCUACGAUUUAUCAGUAUGCAAUGCAGAAGAACAAGGUCCACCCAUGGGAGUGCAUAGCCAUCGAAGAUUCGCGGUCAGGCGCUCAACCUGCAACUCGAGCGGGCAUCCCCUGUAUAGCCUAUGUUGGGGCUUACUCGACGCCAGGCCAGCGUGAACAGGUUGCACAGACUCUUGCUGCCGAGGGCUGUAAAGCAGUCAUUCAUAAGUAUACACAGUUCCUUGGAAUUUUCGAGACGGUAAAGACAAACGUGGAAAGAGAGCUCAAACAGCACAGACUGAGGGCUCCUCCCAAGUCGAAAGAGGAACUGUGGUUGGACUUUGCGAUUUGGCUGCGAGAGAUGCUGCAUAAAGACGAAGAGCUGAGGUACCGACUGUGGAAGUUCAUGCAACAGCCACAUCGUUAG